AUGGGCGAGCUCGUUGCUGUGAGAAGCCAGUGCGACCAAGCACCGCCGUUGGCCUUGCAGAAGAGCGGUAGUCGAUGUCGCUGCGGCAUCUGUUCUGCAAACUUGGGCCGCCGCCUGGACCUACUUGAAGCUCGUGUCCUCUCACACUGGCACGAGUUUCUUGUGCACAAAUCUGAAGUGCAGCGCAAGUUUGAGGAUGUCUUUGCGGCCUGCAAAGGGCACCGACCCAAAGGAGCUGUAGCGGCCCACAACGCAGAGCUCGAACGCCGCCUCAGCUUCUGUGAGGGAGUUGUUAGAGAUUCUGAAGAUGAAAAGGCGAGGCAGCUUGAGAUGAAGUCGCUCUCUGAAGAUACCUGGCGGGGCUUAGAGCGGCUGCAGAAGCGAGUGGCGCAGGAGUCUGACAGCCUGGGCAAGGUAAGCGCAGACAUUCAGCGAAAACUCGCAAUCCUGGACAAGAAGGGUGACGAGCUUCAGCUAGGGCUGCAGAGCCAAGUAGCAGAUCUGCGAAAGGAGAUGCAAGAAGUCAUGGUCAGAGCCUCCCAAGAGCUGGGCAUGGAGCUGCGCUCCUCCUUCGAGCGCCGCAUUCGGCAAGGUCAUGAAGAGGCCUUGGAAUCUGCGGAAGUUUUCUCGCAACGCUGCGUGAAAUCUGCGAUGUCUGAGAUGACUUCAUCCGUAGCGGCUGCAGAGGCCAAAGCGCAGCAACAGUGCUCAAGGCUUCGAGGUGAGCUGGAGGUUGCCGAGGCCUCGGCGCAGGACAUCUGGCGCCGAAGCUGCAAUGAAAUUGCGCGUGCUGUUGCUGCUUCCGAGACCAGCCUCAAGCCACGCCUGCAACAGAUUGACGAUGAGGCUCGGGCAACGAUGACUUCGUUGGAGCUGUCCUUGGAAAGGCGCCUGCUGCAGCAUUCCUCGGAAGCUGCUGAAAGCUUGCGGUCGCUGGAUGCAAGGGCCCAGCAAAACAUUGCUGAAGUUGCUGACUCGAUCGCAAAUGUGGAACAUGUACUGCGAAGUCAACGCUCCGAGGCCUCGGCAUCGUUGGAGGCCUUGGACUCGCGCCUAGCUGCACAGAGCCGGCGCUGUGCCAGCAGCGAGGCACGCGAAGCUUCUUUGGAACGUCGACUGCAAAAGGAACGUGCUCAGUUCGCAGACGACAUGCACACGAACGUGUCGCAGUUUCGGCGUGAACUGGCAGAGCGAGCUGGAACGUUGGAAAGCAUCCUAGUGAAGGUUCAGUGGGCUUGUCGGGAGUCCGCUUCACGAUAA